UGUGUGUGUGUGUGUCAGUGACAGAUAAAGCACAGAGCGGACAUCUCUGUCAGAUCACAGCUUCUUCACUUGUAGAGCAGACCGUUUUCACCUGGAGGACUGAUCCCAGAUAUGAGGCUCUGUGCCCGGGCUGCUGGAGCUUGGCGUCUCCUGCCUGUCCUGGCUCUUCUGACUGUCCUCCAUGUCAAAGCAGACCAGCAGCAACCCAAGGAGAGACACUAUUACAUCGCUGCUGUUGAGAUAGACUGGGACUACGCCGGCAAUGACACAGACAGGUUUGGGCCCACCUAUAAGAAAGUGGUCUUUCGGGAGUAUGAUGACAAAGACUUCAGACAGCCUAAGCCUCAUCCCUCCUGGUUAGGUCUGCUUGGACCCACACUGAGGGCUCAGGAGGGCGAGACGAUUGUCGUCACUUUCAGAAACCUGGCCACUGAACCAUACAGCAUCCACCCACACGGCAUCGCUUACGGGAAACAGUCAGAGGGAGCCAACUACUUUGACAACACGUCCCAGAAAGAGAAAGAGGAUGACAUCGUCCGGCCGAACCGUCAACACGUUUACUCCUGGGAGGUGACGAAAGAGGUUUCGCCGCAGCCAAGCGACCCUACCUGCCUCACCUACACCUACAUCUCCCACACAAAUGUUGUCGAGGACUACAACUCAGGCCUCAUUGGCGCUUUACUCAUCUGCAAGCCUGGCAGUCUGGAUGAGUCGGGGAAGCAGGUCGGCUUCUACCAGGAGUACGUGUUCCUCUUUGGGGUUUUUGAUGAGAAUGAGAGCAAGUACAAACCAAAAGGCCAUGCCAACCAUGUGAAAUACACCAUCAAUGGAUACACAAUGGGAUCGCUACCUGAUGUCAGUGUGUGUGCCUACGCCUCUGUGAGCCUGCAUCUGGUGGGUAUGAGCUCAGAGCCCGAUGUGUUCUCGGUGCAUAUGAACGGGCAAGUGCUGCAGCAGUCCGGCCACAAAGUGUCAUCAGUGGGCCUGAUCAGUGGCUCCUCGGCCACUGCCAGCAUGGUGGCUCUGCACACGGGCCACUGGCUGCUCUCCUCACACACCAUCAAGCACAUGGAGGCUGGCCUGCAUGGUUUCGUGGAUGUGAAAAAGUGUGACAACUUCGAAGCACCCCAGCGAAGGAUGACCAUUGAACAAAAACGCUACAGCACGACGUGGACAUACUACAUAGCUGCAGAGGAAAUCGUCUGGGACUAUGCACCUAAUAUGCCCAAACACAUCGACGAGGAUUUCACGUUGCAGUACCUGAGACGGUCACCAACACGCAUAGGUGGGAAGUACAAGAAGGCAGUGUACAGUCUGUUCAGAAAUGAGUCAUUCACUGAAAGGUUAGAGCCCAAGCAAAGGAAAAAUGAGCUUGGGAUCUUGGGCCCAGUGAUCAAAGCACAAAUCCGAGAUGUCAUCAAGAUUGUUUUUAAGAACAUGGCCUCCAGGCCCUACAGCAUCUAUCCACAUGGGCUGACAAUAGAGAAGUCACACGAGGGAGUAAACUACCCAGCAGGAGGCAACCAGUCUCAUGGUGUUCAGCCAGGUGAGACACACACCUACAUAUGGAGAGUGGUCGAGGAGGACGAGCCUCUCGAUGGAGACUCUCGAUGUCUAACACGACUAUACCACAGUGCAGUCGACACAGUGCGCGACAUCGCCUCAGGGCUGAUAGGACAAAUCCUCAUCUGCAAGUAUCGGUCCCUCAAUAUCAGGGGGGUGCAGCUGAAAGCAGACAAGGAACAGCAUGCUAUGUUGGCUGUAUUUGAUGAGAACAAGAGCUGGUACCUGGAUGAAAACAUUCGCCAAUAUUGCGAUCGAUCCAAAGUCAACAAGGCAGACCUAGACUUUUACAAGUCCAAUGUCAUGCACUCAAUCAACGGUUAUGUGUUUGAGAGCGGCCCGCUCUUGGGCUUCUGCAAUGGCGAGAUUGCAACAUGGCACGUGUCCAGCAUUGGAGCACAGGACUACAUCCAGACAGCUACUUUCUACGGCCAUACAUUUGAGGUGAAUGGGCGGACAGAGGACUUCCUCAGCCUCUACCCUAUGACUGGAGAGACCAUCACUAUGAACAUGGACAACAUUGGUGUCUGGCUCAUGGCUUCCCUAAAUUCCCAUGGGACAACCAAAGCAAUGCGUGUAAAGUUUCAAGAUGUUGAGUGCUAUCGUGACAACCUGUAUGAGUACAGUGACGUAUCAAUGGACUUUAAUGAGUGGAACCCUCUGAGCUCGGCUGAAAUCAAGAAGGAUGAGGAGAAGCCCAAACCUGUGAAACCUGUAACAUCCGCUGAGCCAGACAGUUACACAGACAUGUUUGCAGAUGAAUUAGGUCUCAGGUCUCUGAAGAACCCAUCGAGGGCCUCGAGUGUGGAGCAGCUGGACCUCUCUUUCCUCGAUUAUGAUGCUGUUGAUGUGCCCGAAGGAGAUACGAAUAUCACCCCUAAUUUCAAGGAGACGAAAAAUAGAAGUGAGACCUCUAUUCCAAAGCCAAAUACAUUAAAUGAGAUUUCAAAUUGGGAAGAGGUGGAUGAACUUAACCUUACAGCGGUUAAUUUGCUAAACCAAAGCAUGAGCGAGAAUACAACACAUAUGCAGAACAGUAGUGCGCCAUCAUCUUUUAACAAUUCAUCGGUUUAUAAAACAGAGAACACAACCAUGUUUUAUAGCCCAAAUAUAUUCCUAAAGAAUGACAGCAUAACAACAGAUAGCAGUGCUUCUGUAUCAAAUCUCGAUAAUGUUGCAGUGUCUGGCAACACAUCCGUUCACAAUGCUACGGUUUUAUCAAUGGUUCAAAAUGUAUCCACAGAGAUUAACAAUCAUACUGCAACAUUACAAGAAACUACCAAUCUUAGUGUAGCUUUAAGAGGAGAUUCAAGUUCCAUCUUGGAGACUGAAAAAGUGCAUGUAACCCUGACUGGUGAUAACCUGCCUUCCGUGGGCGUGGUCUUGGUGGAGGACUCCGAGGAGAGACUCACCAGAGGGGAUGUGUUUUCUUACUCUGUGCCUCUAUCCAAUUCCAGCCCAAACAAUCUCCACAGUACACCAGAGAGCAACGCCACCUCUCUGUCACACAGUGUAAAAAAGGAAAAUGAGAAUCAAACAGCAGCUAACCAUGUUAACGUGUCAGCAGACAAAAAAAACCCUCUGUUGUCUAUUCCAAUGGCCGAUGUUGAAGAGGUUAACAUCAUCAGCAUAGAGAGAAGCAACUUGACCAUCCCAGAAUUAGAGGUGGAGGCUACAGACAACAAAACCAGUGACAAUGACUCCCUGAUUACCACAGCCAAGAUGUUUAUUUCUAUGGCUGAUGUUGAAGAAGUUAACAUCAUCAGCAUAGAGAGAAGCAACUUGGCCAUUUUAGAUUUAGAAGUGGAGGCCACAGACAAAGAAACCAGUGACAUAAACCCCAUAAUCACAGCAGCAGAGCUGUUUGUUCCAAUGGCUGAUGUUGAAGAAGUUAACGUCAUCAGCAUAGAGAGAAGCAACUUGACCAUCUUAGAUUUAGAAGUGAAGGGCACAGACAACACAACCAGUGAUAAUGACUCCUUAAUCACCACAGCAGAGCCAUCUAUUCCAAUGGCUGAUGUUGUAGAGGUUAGCAUCAACAGCACAGAGAGAAGCAACUUGAUCAUCUUUGAGAUGGAGGUGGAGAGUGACAAUGACUCCCUGGUUACCGCAGCUGAUCCGGAGUAUGGACUUCAAAUGAAUUCCACUGAAAGUGUGCCUAUUUCAGCCAAUUCCAGCCUUGAUGAUGUAACACACGUUUUGCUUAAAACUGGGCCCUUACAUAAUGUAACAGAGAAUACAUUAAGAUCAAAUUUAUCAGAGGAGAUUAGUUCAGAGAUUUGGGAGAAUGUCACAGCUUUUCCUGGUGAGUUGAACCACACAUCUCCUGCAGAACGUUUAUCCAAUGAGACUGAGCUGUACCUCACGAGCGAAACGUUAAGAAAGAACAAUUCUGAGGAGCUAAGCGCCUUAGACAGCAUCGAAGAAGUGCUAAUCUACCUCACAGAAAACAAAACGCACGUGAUUAAAACCACGAAUGUCAAAACGCAGGGGCACAACUGGACUUAUGAGGGAACUCACCAAAUGGAAUCGGUGGAGAUCCUUGACUACAUGAUGAAAUAUAUCGGGAAAGAAACCCCUAAAACGACACCAACUCCAAAAAAGAUCAAGAAGGUGCACCUCCGACAGAGGCCUCAGAAAGGCCAAGGCAUGAAAACAAAGAGGAGGAAGGAAUACAAGCCUCAGGCCAAGAGUGGCUUACCAUUCUCCCCCCGGGGGUUCAAUCCAGGCAUAACCCCGCGUGGGGCACGACCGCUUUCAUCACAGACCGUCUCUGAUGAGGAGGAGCUCAUUAACGAGCCUGUGGUCAUCGGUGUGCCCCGGCCUGAUUUCAGUGACUACGAGCUGUAUGUUCCUGGAGACGACCCAGAUCAUCUAGGGUUGGAGGAAAAUGUGAAGGCAGAUGAAUACGAGUAUGUGUCACACAUAGACCCCUACCAGAAUGAUGUAGACAUCAAGAAUCUCAACCUGGAUGACACCGCCAAAUACUACUUAAAGUUAUCAGGCCCGAAUGUCAAGACUUAUUUCCUUGCUGCAGAGGAGGUUGAGUGGGACUAUGCUGGCUACGGACAGAGGAGACCGGAAGAAUCGCAACCAAACAGCAGAGAAACUAAGUUCACCAAGGUGGUUUUCCGAGGUUACAUGGACAGUAGCUUUAGCACACCUGACUUCCGUGGAGAGCUCGAUGAGCACCUCGGCAUCCUGGGACCUGUCAUCAAGGCCGAGGUUGGGCAAAGCAUCAUGGUGGUGUUCAGGAACAAAGCCAACCGUCCGUAUUCUUUACAUCCAAAUGGGGUUUCCUAUACCAAGCAGACAGAGGGUCUGUCCUAUGAAGAUGGCUCUAAGUACUGGUAUAAAUAUGACAAUGAGGUUCAACCCAAUACCACCUUCACAUAUUUAUGGAAGGUCAAUUCUAUGGUUGGGCCAAUGCCAGACGAGUCUCACUGUCGGACCUGGGCCUACUAUUCUGGCGUUAAUCCUGAAAGAGACAUCCACUCUGGCUUGAUUGGGCCUUUGCUGGUGUGUCGAGAGGGCACCCUGGACAAGACGUUAAAUGACAUGCGGGAGUUCACGCUGCUUUUCAUGACCUUCGAUGAGUCGCAGAGCUGGUACUACAAGGAGAACCAAGAGAUGAUGCAGAGGAAAAGCCGAAGGAGAUUAAUGGAUACCAACCCCAAUGACAAAUUCAAGUUCCACUCCAUUAAUGGCAUUACAUACAACCUGAAGGGCCUGAGGAUGUACACCAAGCAGCUGGUGUGCUGGUACCUGAUCAACAUGGGUUCUCCCAAAGACUUUCAGAGCGUCCACUUCCAUGGACAGACGUUCCUACACAAGAAGACCACCAGCUACAGACAGGCCGUCUACCCGCUGCUGCCUGGGAGCUUUGCUACUCUGGAGAUGUAUCCAUCCAAACCUGGCCUGUGGCAGCUGGAGACGGAAGUUAGUUUCAACCAAGAGAAGGGCAUGCAGACCCUCUUUCUGGUUCUAGAUAAUGAGUGCUACCGUCCGCUGGGUUUGGAAUCAGGCAGUGUGAAUGACAACCAGAUCACAGCGAUCAACACUAGAGGAUCAUGGAAGCCCCAUCUUGCCAGAUUGAACAAUCUGGGUAAAUUCAACGCAUGGAGCACAGAGCAGAACAAGAGCUGGAUUCAGGUGGACUUCCAGCGGCCAGUUGUAAUCAGCCAGGUGGCCACGCAGGGAGCCAGGCAGAUGUUAUAUUCCCAAUAUGUGGUCAAGUACGCUAUCUCCUACAGCACCGACCGCCAGAAGUGGAUCUUCUAUAAGGGCGACAGCAGGGACCUCAGGAAGGUAUUCUCUGGGAACCAGGAAGCCUACGAGGAAAAGAAAAACAUCUUCUUUCCUCCUGUGGUUGGACGCUUUAUCAGGCUCCAUCCCAUCGACUGGUACAGCAAAGCCACAGUCCGCAUGGAGUUCUACGGCUGUGAGCUCGACGGUUGCUCUGUGCCUCUGGGGAUGGAGAGCAGACUGAUAGAAGACCAUCAAAUCACAGCCAGCUCCACAGCUACCAGCUGGUACUCUGGACCCUGGAGACCCUCUCUCGCACGCCUCAACACACAGGGAACCAUCAAUGCAUGGCAGGCUAAGCAUGAGAACAUGAACCAGUGGCUUCAGGUGGAGCUUCCCAAAAUUAAGAAGAUCACAGGUAUCAUGACGCAAGGAGCCAAGUCUCUGGGGAAAGAGAUGUACGUCAUGUCCUACGCUCUGCAGUACAGCACCAAUGGGAUCAACUGGAACCAGUACACAGAUGAUGAGAGCAUCCCUUCCAAGACUUUUUUGGGAAAUACCAAUAACAACGACCAUGUGAAAAACUACAUCUACCCUCCUAUUUUCUCCCGCUUCAUCCGAAUCAUCCCAAUAAGCUGGAUGAACUCCAUCACUAUGAGAAUAGAACUACUGGGCUGUGACUUUGAGUGACACACACACACACACACACACACACACACACACACAUACACACACAGACACACACACCUAUACGAAAUCAUGACAGGUGUACAUGACAUGUAGUGUGACGUGUCCUCUUAUUAAAAGUGACACUACAACUGUAUUUGAUGUUACUGUAAAUAACAAAAAUUAAAUAAAAUAAUAAUAAUUACAUUUAAAAAUCAAAAUAACGACCUAAAAAGAAAAGAAAUCUCUUCAAAUAAAUGAACUAAGAAGGCGUAGUGACAUCUGAAGUCAAAUAAGUGAAAUCAAAAGUAGAUUACGGCCGUUUAAACUCCAUUAAUUUUUUUUAUCUCAACCGGUUGUAAUCUUAACACAUUUAUAACGAUUUAACCGAUUCACGAUGCUUCGUUACAUCCCUAUAAAUCAGAGCCCUUGUGUGCAGGCAAACGCAAACAUACAUUUAUUUCUUAGUCAUGUCAAAAUCCUAUGUGCAAAGGUCUUUUAUUAUACAAAUAUAUGCCCAGUUAAAUGAGUUAUAAAACUCAGUGGUAAGUGCAGUACGCAUGAGUAAUCUUAACCCUUUUGUGAACAGUUGUAUGUUUUUGAAAUACUAGUUGCAUUUUUAAGCUGAUAUAUGACAUCAGAAAUGAUUAUAAAUGAAUGUAAAUAUGUAAGUACAGAUGUAAUUUAUUUUUUAAUAAAAAUAAUUACCAUUCUUACU